CGCCACCCUCGCAGACGAUGUUUCUCUGCAGGAGAGAAUAAUGAUCUAAUUCAACACAGCAGUAAAAAAAAAAAAAAAAUGUAAUGGCGAUGCUGUAUGUUAUUUAAAGAGCCGAGAGAACUGAUGUUUUAAAGUGCGGAAAAUUCGAUGACCUUCACAUUAACAGGAUUUUUUCCUCAAAAGUAGGAUUUUUAAAGAUUAUAUCAGAAGCAAAGACUUCUCUGCGAGGAAGAAUGGUCUUCAUGAUUAAACUUCCGCCUGCUUUAGCAAUGUCCCCUCCUACGGAGAACCCUGGGAAAGAUGAUCGAAUAUCUCUUCUAAAAAGUCUUCAUCGUCCAUAUGGUCAAAUGGAUAAUGGUGCGUCUCAAUACGGACAAGAAUCAUCCUCGCAUCACCACUGCGGUCAUCAAGCUUAUCAGCACAAUUCUUCAUUCAGCCAACUAGAUUCAGAUAGAGUUUUCUGCUUAAGGCAACAAUUUCUUUUGGCUGUAGCAGUCAUUGUUGUCACAGGAUUAGUAGUUUUCGUAAUGUUCAUAACCACAUUUAGGCAAGUACCAGCCGAAGACUCAUUCUUAAAGAUCGAUACAUCCUUGGUAAACCAAGAAGUUUCCUCAUCACAUGGCGAAGUGGCCGUCAAAACCAGCUGUGGCCACGUCAUCGGAAAGUCGGACGAUGGAGCCUACGUAUUCAAAGGGAUAGCCUAUGCGAAGCCUCCAGUGGGUUCCUUGAGGUGGAGAAAACCUGUGCCUUUGAUUGUGGAUAACACAUGGUGCGAAGAACACCACACUCAAGAAGCCUUUACUUUUGGUUCCAAGUGUUUCCAACUAAACCCUUACACGAAGCACUAUGAAGGCAGCGAAGAUUGCCUGUAUCUCAACGUCUGGACUCCUUCCCUUGACUCUUCGAGAGGAGGUUUAGAAGUAAUGGUGUGGAUUCAUGGUGGAUUUCUUCAAUUUGGGAACGGAAACGAGCCCGGCUUCAGCCCAACUCCAAAACUCGCUCAAAAACUAGGAAUGGUGUUUGUUUCUAUGAACUACAGGUUGUACACACUUGGGUUUAUGGCUUUGGAUUUAUUAUCGGAUAACAUCAUGACUGACUCCCGAGGAAACUACGGCUUGUGGGAUCAGCUAUGUGCGCUGCAAUGGGUAAAGGACAACAUUAAAAAUUUUGGAGGAAAUCCGAGAAAGGUAACCCUAUUCGGACCUGAUGCUGGUGCUGCAAGUAUUAUGGCUUUAAUGGCUUCUCCCAAAGCCCAAGGCCUCUUUAGAUCAAGUUGGCUUGUUGGACCAACAAUGGUUUUUAAUCGGAGUUUUGAAGAAGUUAAUGUUCACAACAGAGGAUCGUUCGUUCCGAGAACGUUAUGUAAAGAUGCAACGUGUCUAAGGAUGAGUCCUGCUCAAGAUGCCAUAGCAGCUCAACUGGGAAAAGACGAUGCUUCUUUUAGGAUACGUGAUCAAAACGAUUUACCCAUUCAAGGCAUUUUUCCAGAACAGCUCAUUGUGAUGGAUGGGGAGCUUUUAAAAAUUCCACCAUCUUCAGCAUUUAAGGAUGAUGACAUCAAAAGUAUCCCUUUGCUAAUAGGAUCUGCCGCACAAGCUGUGGAUUUUUGGCCUGGUCCAGAUGAUCUAUCAACGUGGACAUGGAAUCAGUACAAGAAAUACGUAACUACAAGCUUAGACAGUUUUGGCUUACAAGUGAGCCAAUUGGCAUUGCAAAUUUACAAUGGAACAUCAUCACAUACAAAAAAUCCUGGUUUUACUGCGGAAUAUCUGUAUACUACUAUGGUAUCUGACAUUCGACAGUCCUGCCCUGUUAGCAGAUUGGCAAACCAGUUUGCAAUGCUUUCCCGAGCUCCAGUCUACCGAUACACACUAACGGAAAGACCAUCCAGUCCGGUAAAACUAUACAACUACACUGCCAAAUACAGCUUCCACCUGUGGGACAUCAUAGCAUUUUUUGGAAGCAUGGACUACUUCCUUCCUGAAGUACAGCCAGGAGAUUUGGAAUUUAGUGAAACUGUGCAAAAAAUGGCAUCCAUAUUUGUAAAGUCUGGUGGAGAAAGUACCGGUGACAGCGAAUGGAAAAGAUUUCCAAAGAAAAUGGCCAACUUGGCAAGGAAAAUCACCUUUUCGAGCAUAAACAAAACAGAAUGUAAAUUUUGGUCUGAAAGCAAGUUGGAUAUCUAUGCCUGGGUGAGCUAAAACUUUCUUCAAAAAGAGAAUGUUCCCGGAUCCCAGAUCGGAAUCUUUUUUAUUCGCCAAUACUGUAAUAAUUUCUAUAUCGUGCCAAACUGAAAAAUAAAAAGUAAAAAAAAAGAAUGAAAAAAGAAAUGAACUGAUACAACAACUGCAUCAAAGAAAAAAAAAGGCAAAAUAAAUAUUUAAAAGAUGAUGUUGAGUGUUUCGAACAUUUUGUCAUUCAACAUGCUUUUAAAUGUACAUAAGAUUUGAAUCUUUUCUUUCGCAUAAAAUGUGCUAAAUGUAUUCUGAUUUAAGACUCCUACAUUAAGAACUAUUUUGUUUCAAAUAUACAGACUAGAUGAAAAAUUAUGUAUUUCAGUUUCAACUUCUUUCCAUUGGAAAGAAAUAUUUCUUAUGAGUUUAUGUUUCAUGAAAAUACUUUCCUGAAUCAUGUUGAAAAAUACAGUGGAAGCUCUCAUUGAUAAAAAUUUACAGAAAGAGAUUAUGUUUAGAAAAAUUUUAACAUCAAUAAACACGGUGCUAUCUAAAGCAGCAUUCAUAUGGAGCUUUUCUAUAGCAGAAAAAUCUUGGUUUAAACCACUUUCCGUUUUUUUUUCCAGGGAAAAUGUAUAUUUUUCCCCCUCCCGCUUCUUUCUAAACUCUAGAGAAAAUCUUGUUUUUUUUUUCCCCAGAUUGCACCUUGCGACACGAAUUUGCUUACUUGCUGUGGGUAGCAGCUAAGGGUGCUUGGUGAAACCGCUUUCUCGGGUACAACCUUUCAAAGCAGGAAUUAAAAUGGAAGGAGCAAAUCCAAUCAUUGGCUUAUCAAAAGCUGACCCAAAGGCCGCAAGUCACGUGACUCAACAACGACGAAUGGUUGGCUUGUUUUGCGUGAAACAAGCGAAAUAAACCUGAUUUCUUCCAAUGCUUUGCUUUAAAAACCAAUCACGUGACUUGGGGGUCUUUGUUUCAUGAAUGAAACUCUGCUCUCUCUUCAUUUUACCUCUUCUCAAUGGUACGACCUAUUUUCCUAUGUGAAGGAUGAAUAUUUAAACCAAAAUUCAAGUUCGAGGAGUAGGGACUGUGUAGAAGAUAAUAUUGGAAAUUAUUGUCUAUUCAAAAAAAAAAAAAAAUAGUACGUUGAUUGUUAUUGAAAAAUAAAUGCAUAUGUUAUGCUGUGACAGAUAAAAACACACUACAAAAGAUUAAAUUGGAAAAAAAAUUAUACUCCUUGCAUGCAUAUUAUUUUACAUCCUUGUAGGCUGACAUAUAUUCCCCAAAACGAAGUUGAAUGAUGCGUAAAGUGGUAAAAAUUAAAGUGGUAAAAAUCACAAAACGCUUCGUUUCAUAUAUCUAUCAAUAUCGGUCGUAUCAAUGUCAAAAUCUUGUAUCAGUAUUUUUUUUUCCUAAGCAUAAUUGUAAAUAAGAAAAAGUUACCUUUCGUAUAUUUUCACAUAUUUCCUUUUUUCGCUUCAAACUUUUUAAAAUCAUGCCCUGCAUCUUUUUCUAACCAUUUUUCACAUAUGAUGCAUGCAUCUAAGACUAACGGUUGCAAAAAUAGAAGUAUUGAAGAUUUAUCGGGGACACGCCGCAUUAUCUCCCUCAGAGUAUGCUAUUUUGUACUGUAUGACUGUAUGAGUAGACGCUAAAACCUACUAUUAAAAUCCGUAAAUAAAAAUCCUUUUAUUUCAGUUCACUUUUCAAAGUUUGGUUAAUGGAUAUUUAUACUUAAAGCGUAUGCAAUAUAUUUGCCGGAUUUGGGAAUUUCCAGAUCAAAAAUAUUUGAAUUUAUGAGGUUCCACUGUAUAUAAAGUUUUGUAAAACUGCUGUAAACAAUCAAACUUUUCAACAAAAAACAAUGAUUUUAAAGUUAACUGUAUAUAUAUUUUUUUGAUCGUAGAUAAAACUUUCCACAUUUUUCUUCAUACAAAGCUUUUAUAAUCAAAUAAUAAGCGGGAUAUAUAUUACAAAAGAAAGUCAUGUAUGCAUUUAAAUGGCAGCAAAUGUGUGUCGUACGUCAAACUACUAUUUCUGAAGCUUUUAAAUCUAAAUUUGAUUGAUUAGACUUUAUAGUCAUAAUUCCCAAAGUCUUUUUGUUUUUGAAAUUCAAGACAUUUUUUGAAGAGAAAAUAAACAAGCAUACUUUUAGAAUAAACAAAAACCAAUCUUAUUGUAUGUUCUCUACUAACACGUAUUUUUACUUAAACAUAUAUUUCAUUCUUGUAAAUUUGAUACGUAACCUAAA